AUGUGAAGACUAACCAAAGGGGUGGUUCUGCGGGAUGAACCUAGAAGAGGCAUAAUCAAAACCAGUUUACCUCUAAAUGGAGAACAUUUAUCGCACAUUCUUUGGAACGUAAACUACAUCCAGAUAAACGUACUUAGCAACCCCUGUGCUACGUGGUGUGUGUCACUCCAUCGUAUUUUGUGGAGUGUGAGACCUCUGAAGGUUAGGCAGACAAACAACGGCAACGUCAGUCAGUGUAGAGGUACCCCAUGGCAGAAAAUGUGAUAGCCUUAUGAAUAUGUCACCCAUUCGUGCCCAUAGAUACAGGUUAUCUAUCCUAUUAGUUCGCAUAGAUAUAAGAGCUGAAAUUUGACAGUACUGAGUGUAUGAAGAUGUACAAGCGAUAAGGUAAGGUUUUGAAGCAAGGGCUGUGCAGCAUUUUGAAUGGUCGGUGGGAAACGUCAGUGAUAUAGAAACAACAGGAAGAUAUUAAAAGUGGACCUCAUUCCACACAAAAUUUGUCUAUUGUAGUACAAUAAUAAUCUGGUCAUCAUGUCAUCAAAACCAAGUCCCGGAGGCCUGGAUGAAGAAGACAUCCGCAUAUUGAAGGUGUUCAAAAUUAUUUCCUGUGAAGGACAAAAAUUCCUCUUGUUUGUAUUUAAUAAAGGAUGUCCCAAAGAUGGAAAUGAAACAGUUGAACAGUACCUGAGGGGCAAAGGCAUGACACAUCAAGAUUACAGAAAACAAUUUGAUACUAGUAUGAGGAAGAAUAUUCAGGAUGAUCCUUCAGGAAAAAACUUUGAUGUAAGUUUACUUCAUGCCGUCAUCAGGAACGCUUGUGAAAAAGUUGCACCUCCCGGUGAAGCCGGAAACUGGAGCAUUACAGGUGAUAAACUUGAGAACUACUGUUCCAUGAUUAAGCAUCAGAGAAAUCUCAUUGCCCAUGGGUUAAAAUUUGCAGACGAGGAUGCUAUGAUUAACACAAUUGAAUUUAUACGUGAUCUAUUGGAGAAGGGAUACAAGUCUGCCGGCAUCCGCUACUCUAUAACAUCCUCAAUAAUUAAUAAUGAAGUGAAAAGAAUGAAUGCCAAUAUUGAAAAAAUAAAAGAUGCACCAGGUCUGCCUGUAGAUGCUGAUAAGUACCAAGAUGAAAUCAAAAAGCUAAGAGAACAUUUAGAAAAUUAUAUGAAAACGAAUGGAGUGUUAGAGUUAAAGGAAAAGAUAAAGACAGAGACAAACGUGGACCCAGCAUCUUUCAUCUCGGGCAAAGAGGCGCUUAAAGUGAGAGCCAUUUUUACAAAUUUGGAAAUUAUUAAGGAAGAUAAGGCACUAAACCAAGAAAACCAAACUCACAUUGAUUACAAAUCUGUGCUAGAGCAGAAGACUAAAAAAGGAGAGACGCCCAACAUAAUAGUAAUUGAAGGGGAGGCGGGUGCAGGGAAGAGCACAUUUACCAAACUCAUUCUGGCAGAGUGGGCCGAGAUGUCCCCCAACUCUCACACGCAGAUUAGAAAUCUAGAGAGAUAUGAAAUUGUCUUGUAUGCUGAAUGCAAGAACAAAUUUGUCACAAACUUUGCAGACUUGCUAAACUUGCUCAUGCCUUGUGCCUCUUACUCCAUGUCAAAUGAAGACAUUGUGCGUUCUGUGUUGGCUCUCAGAGUUUUACUAAUUCUUGAUGGACUGGAUGAACUAAACAACACUUCCAGGCAGUUAGUAGAGGAGAUUGUGAAGAAUAAGAUGCCGAGGAGCACAGCUGUAUUUCACCUUCUGCUCACUACUAGACCGCAGGCACUAAGGGAAGUAAUCAACCUCUGCAAAAAAUGUGAAUGGAUACACAUGAGAAUUUUGGGCAUCACACCUGAGCAAAGACCAGACUUUGUGCAUAAAUUGCAUGAGGAAAUGAAAAAAGAAGAUAUGAGCACCGAAGACACCCAGAAGUUGGUGGAUUAUGUAAGGAAAUCAGAAGCUCGCCUGGGAGAACAUUUUCGUUUGCCUCUAAACCUUACUCUCUUAACCUACUUAUGGGCUGAAAGCCCCAAAGAUGUCAACUCGGUCACAACAGCUACUCACCUCUUCUUGAGAAUUCUACAACUCAUUGAAUGUCGUGUAGUAAAUCGCAUUUAUGAGAAUCAUCGGAUUGAUAUGGAUGAAAUUACUGACCAUGUCAAGGAAUAUAUUGAGGUGCUGAAUGAGAAAUGUUUUGAGGAGAUUAUAAAUGAGUCCCUGCAGCUAAGAGAAUCUUCACAACAAACACUUAAGGGGAUAUGCAAGGACCUUAACCUUCCAUAUAGUGACAUGUCUGCAGCUUUUAUGAAUGUGACCCGAGAAUGGACUGCAACUGGAUAUGCACUUCACCUCACUGCUCCACACAAAAGCAUUAUGGAAUUUUUUGCAGCGAGAUGGAUUCACUCUUGUCUGAAGAGGGAUGGAGCUAAGAAAAAGAACUUGAAAAGCAUUUUGAAGGACUUGAAUUGUGACGAAUCUUCGUUGCCUAAGUACCAGAAUGUGUUGCUGCACCUAAGUGGAUUGCUGAAUGAUGGUAAAUGUACCCUUAACCAGCAUGCAGAGGAACUGGUGCAGCUAUUGACUAUGGCAGGGACGACAGAGCAACAGUGGCUAGACAUAAUUGCCGAGUCAGAGUGCAAUGAAAGUGUUGUAAAACACAUUGCUCCAAAGAUUGAGAAGACACUUGUUGUACGAGAUGGUCACACAGGGGCAGCUGCCAGUAUUUUUAGUUAUCUACCAGAAUCAACUCCUGUUAAAGUGAUCUUGAACUGUGAAAUAACGUACAUUCCACACUUGGACAAUUUUCUUGAAAAGCUUGCCAAGAGACAUUGUUAUGUUGAACUUCAUUUCAGACAUCAGUGGAAGAAUAUACUGUGUGGGAAUUCUAGCGAUCUUCUUCUGAAUCUGAGUAAAAGCAAGUGCCUGAUAGAGUGUUUCACAGGCAACUUGGAUGAUUUGAAAAACCUCCCAGAUACCUUGCAAAAAUUGAAAAUUGCCCUUCAUAGUGACACACAGGCAAAAAAGAUAUGUAAUGAGAUAGAAGAUGUAGUUAAAGAAUUUGACCUCGUCUACCUGGGAGUCCAUGUGAUAAAAGGCAUCUCCUCUGAGGCUUUGGGGCCCCUGCCCAUUAUUGAUGAGCCCAAGAAAGAAACAGGGGCAGUCUGGAUCUCGGGAGUAAGUGAUGCAAAUAUGGACUGGGCUGUCAUGGUUGCAAAAGCACUGCAACCUCCACUGGGGAAGUUCUACAGUCUGAGGUUCCCAAGGAGUAGCCUGACAUUGGAUGGUUGUAAAGAAUUGAUUAAGAAGCUUAGUCAGCACAAUAUAGUGAUUCGACCCAAUGGCCGAAUGUAUGUCACUAUGGCCAGCAUUAGGACCCCAGAAGUUGUUGAGCUUCGCCAUUUUGCUAAGAAGAAACUAAAUUGCGAAUUUGACUGCAUUGAUGAUGCAGUAAUCUGGUCAGAUUAAGGGAAUUCAAAGGAUAGGGAUCCACUUAUUUGUUCAGUGUUUGAAUGAAGCAAGGCAUUCUAAUACAUAUAUAUAUUUUUCCAUUUCAUUUGGUGCUAUGUAAACAUGAUUAGAGUAAUAAUUUGAAGCUAAUUCUUUUUAAUGAAAUAUAUAGUUUUAGUUUUAUCAUGAUCAGAAAAUGAGUAUAGCAAUGAUACAAAAUAUCUCAUUGUAAACAAAUAUUUAAUCAUUAUAAACUACACAAAUUUUAUUUUUCUACAGUCUGAACAAAACCACUGAUUGCUGUCAGUUUAAAAGUUUAAACAGGCCAGUACUCUUAAUAAGGUAUUUUGAAUAUAGACAGAGGUUAUCAGAUUUUUAAGAAUAUUUAUAAGCCAUAAUUUUAUAUAAAUAAAAAACUCACCUGGCACAAAAAUAUAAAGAACAAGAAAGCCUUAAAGUGCAUACUGUAUACAGGUAGACCCAGCCUGCACAUAGCAAUUCAUGCUAUAUAUUCCCUAAACUUGCCUGGUUAAGUUAUGUACUGGAGUUCAAUUUGAAGACAGCUUAUUUCUUUGAUAUACGGGGCUAAAUUGUUCUCCCAUUUCUCUAGUAAAUGUACAAAAAAGGCAAGAGAAAGUAUGCAAGUGAAAUUUUGUUAUUGCUGUUGUGAAUUACUAUAAAAAUAUACACUUGUCUGAAAAUAUCUCACAAAUAAGAACAGCAGUUUUUGUGAUACUUUGUCAUUUUUAUUGUUAUAUACCUGAUAUGAUGAUUGAAAUGUAGUACAUAUAUAGCUUUUUAUAUGGUUUAUGUAUGAAUAUACAUAUAUAUUCAUAUAUAUGUACAUAUUUAUACAUAGGUAUACAUAUGUAUCUCUGAAAGAUGGAAUAAUGUGAUACCGCAUUGAUAUAGA